GAAAAACAUAAACAAAAAACAGUCGAUUCAGGUUUUCGCUACUUUUUUGGUGAAUUCAGUUCCGUACUUUUUUGAUGGUUUUCUCGAGCAACAAACUGGAUGUAAAAAAAUAGUGAUAACAGCUGAUAAUUCCAUCGUUACUACUUUUAAGUGGUCUGGUCUAGCAGAUAACGCUCGCUAGUUCGAGAGCGGAGUUAAAAUGCUGCAACCGAAAGUGCUGACCUCGGUGCUUAGCCAAGCAAAUACUGGAGGAGUCGAAAACACGAUCCUAUUAACACACGAAGGUGCCCUGCUAGCGUUUUCUGGCUUCGGUGAUCGCGAUCCAACUGUGACGACGGCGAUCGCGAGCAAUAUCUGGUCGGUGUACGAGAAGAAUGGCCGCAAUGCAUUCCGCGAAGACCGGCUGCAGUACGUGUUUCUGCAGUGCGACAACGGUAACGUCGUCAUCACGCAGGUGGCCAAUCUGUUGCUUUGCCUCUACGCGCGCGACACCGUGGGACUGGGAAUACUCAAGCAGAAGGCACAAGCUCUGGCCAGCUAUCUCGAGGGCCCAUUGAAAGAGAUCGCCACUUCGUAGGUCGUGGCGUAAGAAGCGCUUUAUUCCUCCUCUUUGUUUGAUUUCAAAUGUACCAUAAUUACACUUAAAUACACUCUUCCAUUGCGCCUGUUGCUGAUUGUUGGUGCUUGUA